AUGGCCAAUAACUCUUUUCGUGGGUCCAAACAUGGCCGAUGCAAUGAGGCCAACCACAACGCAGAGUUCAGCUGCUCGCUGCAGGAGCUGCGUUCGCUCAUGGAGCUGAGAGGCCCGGAGGCACUGACCAAGAUCCAGAAAUGUUAUGGCGACGUUAACGGACUGUGUGCCAGACUGAGGACGUCACCUGUUGAAGGUUUAGAUGGAAACUCGGAGGACAUCAGCAGAAGGAAAAAGGAGUUUGGACAGAACGUCAUCCCUCCUAAAAAGCCAAAAACCUUUUUACAGUUAGUGUGGGAAGCCCUGCAGGAUGUCACGCUCAUCAUCCUGGAAGUGGCAGCCGUCAUUUCACUAGGCCUUUCUUUCUACAAACCACCAGAUGCUGAGAGACAGCACUGUGGCAGUGCGGCUGGCGGCGUGGAGGAGGAGGGUGAGGCUGAGGCUGGAUGGAUCGAAGGUGCAGCCAUCCUGCUGUCUGUGGUGUGUGUGGUCCUGGUGACGGCCUUCAACGACUGGAGCAAAGAGAAGCAGUUCCGCGGCCUCCAGAGUCGCAUCGAGCAGGAGCAGAAGUUCACCGUGGUCCGAGGGGGGCAGGUGAUCCAGAUCAAUGUGUCCGAGAUUGUUGUCGGAGACAUUGCACAAGUCAAAUAUGGUGACCUCCUCCCUGCUGACGGCAUCCUGAUUCAGAGCAACGAUCUGAGGAUUGAUGAGAGCUCUCUGACCGGAGAGUCAGAUCAUGUCAAGAAGAGUGUCAGCGAAGAUCCCAUGAUUCUGUCAGGUACCCAUGUAAUGGAGGGCUCUGGCAAGAUGGUGGUCACCGCUGUAGGUGUGAACUCUCAGACUGGUAUCAUCUUCACACUGCUCGGUGCUGGUGAGGAAGGUGACGGUGAUGGUGAGGAGAAGGCAGAGAAAGAGAAAAAGAAGAAGGAGAAAGACAAGAAGAAAGAAGAGCGGAAGAAGAAAGAGAAGAAAGACAAGAAAAGUAAAAAAGAUGACAAAGGCAAGAAAGGAAAAAACAAGGACGGAGCCAAUGUGGAAAUGCAGCCGCUCAACGAGGAUGGAGAAUCAGAGAAGAAGAAAAACCUACCAAAGAAGGAGAAGUCUGUCCUCCAGGGCAAGCUGACCAAACUGGCUGUGCAGAUCGGCAAAGCAGGUCUGUUUAUGUCGACUCUCACCGUCCUCAUCCUCAUCACUCGCUUCCUGAUCGAUACCUUCUGGAUACAGGAGGUUCCCUGGGCCAAAGAGUGUGUGCCCAUCUAUGUGCAGUUCUUGGUCAAGUUUUUCAUCAUUGGUGUGACCGUGCUGGUGGUGGCUGUGCCUGAAGGUCUCCCUCUGGCUGUCACCAUCUCCCUGGCCUAUUCAGUCAAGAAAAUGAUGAAGGACAACAACUUAGUCCGCCACCUGGACGCCUGUGAGACGAUGGGCAACGCUACAGCCAUCUGCUCCGACAAGACGGGCACACUCACCAUGAACCGCAUGACGGUGGUUCAGGCCUACGUCGCAGGAAGCUACCACAAAAAGGUGCCGGAGCCGAACAUGAUCCCUGCCAAGAUACUGGACCUGCUCAUCCUGGGCAUCGGGGUCAACUGCGCCUACACCACCAAGAUUAUGCCUCCAGAGAAGGAGGGCGGGCUACAUCGCCAGGUGGGAAACAAGACUGAAUGUGCCUUACUGGGACUCACCCGCGACCUGCACCGAGACUACCAGGCUAUCCGCAAUGAAAUCCCAGAAGAGAAACUAUAUAAGGUCUACACCUUCAACUCUGCGAGGAAGUCCAUGAGUACCGUGCUAAAGAACCAUGAUGGCAGCUACCGAAUGUUCAGCAAAGGGGCCUCAGAGAUCUUGCUCAGGAAGUGCUGUAAGAUCAUGAUAGCCAACGGCGAGACCAAAGACCUCAAACCUCGGGACCGUGACCACCUGGUGAAGAAAGUAAUUGAACCAAUGGCUUCGGAGGGCCUAAGGACCAUCUGCCUCGCCUACAGAGACUUCCCCGCUGCUGACGGAGAGCCUGACUGGGACAACGAGGCCCACAUCCUCACCGGCCUCACCUGCAUCGCCGUGGUUGGUAUUGAGGACCCUGUGCGACCUGAGGUACCAGAAGCCAUCAGAAAGUGCCAGCGAGCCGGAAUCACUGUCCGCAUGGUGACCGGAGACAACAUCAACACUGCACGAGCCAUUGCCAUCAAAUGUGGCAUCCUGCAACCUGGAGACGACUUCCUGUGUAUGGAGGGCAAAGAGUUCAACCGACAGAUCCGUAACGAGCUGGGAGAGAUUGAGCAGGAGCGUAUCGAUAAGAUUUGGCCAAAGCUGAGAGUCCUCGCCCGAUCAUCGCCAACAGACAAACACACUCUGGUCAAAGGUAUUAUCGACAGCACGGUGCUGGAGCAGAGGCAGGUUGUUGCAGUUACUGGAGAUGGGACAAAUGACGGACCUGCCCUCAAGAAAGCAGAUGUUGGCUUUGCCAUGGGCAUUGCGGGGACAGAUGUGGCGAAGGAGGCGUCUGACAUCAUCCUGACUGACGACAACUUCAUCAGCAUCGUGAAGGCCGUGAUGUGGGGCAGGAAUGUCUACGACAGCAUAUCCAAGUUCCUGCAGUUCCAGCUCACCGUCAACGUGGUCGCCGUCAUCGUAGCCUUCACCGGAGCCUGCAUCACCCAGGACUCUCCUCUAAAAGCUGUGCAGAUGUUGUGGGUCAACCUGAUCAUGGACACCUUCGCUUCACUGGCUCUCGCCACCGAGCCGCCGACCGAAGCGCUGCUGCUCAGGAACCCGUACGGCCGGAAGAAGCCGCUCAUCUCCCGCACCAUGAUGAAGAACAUCCUGGGACACGCCAUUUACCAGCUGACCAUAAUCUUCACCCUGCUCUUCCUUGGUGAGACUCUGUUUGACAUUGACAGCGGCAGGAACGCCCCCCUCCACGCCCCGCCCUCUGAGCACUACACCAUCGUGUUCAAUACAUUUGUCCUAAUGCAGAUCUUCAACGAGCUCAAUGCCCGCAAGAUUCAUGGAGAGAGGAAUGUCUUUGAGGGCAUCUUCAAGAACCCCAUCUUCUGCUCUAUCAUCCUGGGAACACUGCUCGUACAGGUCAUCAUCGUGCAGUUUGGUGGUAAACCAUUCAGCUGUGUGAGUCUCACCAUCAGCCAGUGGUUGUGGUGUGUUUUCCUGGGCCUUGGCAGCCUCCUAUGGGGUCAGCUGGUGUCCAGUGUCCCCACCAACUGGCUGAAGUUCCUGAAGACAGCAGGUCACGGCACACAGCAAGAGGAGAUCCCUGAGGACGAGCUAGAGGAGAUGAAGGACCUGGAUGCCAUCGACCAUGCUGAGAUGGAGCUGAGGAGGGGCCAGGUGCUCUGGUGUCGUGGCCUGAACCGCAUUCAGACACAGAUCCGUGUGGUGAACGCCUUCAGAGACAGCGUGUCUCCCUACGAAGGUCUGGAAACGCCUGAAUCUCGCAGCUCCAUCCACAACUUCAUGAGCCACCCCGAGUUCCGCAUCGAGGAUUCAGAGCCCCAGAUCCCCCUGAUCGAUGAGAACGAGGGCGAGGAUGACCCCCCCACCAAGCGAAACUCCAUUAUCAUCCCACCACCGCUGACCGGACUGUCCAACCUGCCGCCGCUCCCUUCCUCGCCCAAUCAGAACAACAAUGCCAUGGACCGCAUCGUCCCGUUGCAUAAGGACGGCUCCAGGUCCGGUCUGAUCCCACCCAACUCAGCGGGGCUGCCGCCGUGUCCGGGGAGCCCCCUGCACAGCCUGGAAACCUCACUGUGAAAACCUC